AUGUCUAAUCAGCCAGAUCAAGAAAAUCAAAUAGCACCAAAGAAAUUUAUUGAAAGUGAUGCUGGUGAUGGUACUAAAAGAGAAGAUCAGUAUUUACACGGAUUUCAUUUAUACGCAUGUUUUACAGCUAUCUUUCUUUGUAUGUUCUUAGCAGCAUUAGAUCAAACUAUUGUUACUACAAUCUUAACUACUGUUGGAAAUAAGUUCGAUGCAUUUGAUAAAGUUGGUUGGUUAUCAUCUGGUUUCCUCUUAACUAUGGCCAUUUUCAUUCAAACAUUUGGUAAAUUAUCAAUUAUUUUUGGUAGAAAAUAUACCAUGAUUGUAGCAGUAGUUAUUUUUGAAGCAGGUUCAUUAAUGGCUGCUCUUGCCCCCAAUAUGAAUGUUUUAAUUGGUGGUAGAGUUUUGGGUGGUAUCGGAGCUGCUGGUAUUCAAGGUUUAUCUUUUGUUAUCAUUAGUGAAGUUGUUCCAAUAGAUAAACGUCCUAUUGCUAUGGCUGUUAUUAGUACAGUUUUUGCAUUUGCCUCUGUCCUUGGACCUUUGAUUGGUGGUGCUUUCACUUCUCAUGUUUCUUGGAGAUGGGCUUUCUAUAUUAACUUACCAAUUGGGGGUAUUGCUGCUGUUUUCUUAGCUUGGGCAUUUAAUCCACCUAGACCAACAAUAAACGUUAAAGAAGAGUUGAAGAAAUUUGAUUACUUUGGAACCUUUUUGUUAAUUGCUGGGUGUGUUGUAUUUUUAUUGGCUUUAACUUUUGGAGGUAAUAAUUAUGCUUGGGACUCUGCUCCUGUUAUUUUAUGUUUUGUUUUAGGUGGUUUAACAUUUUUUGCAUUUGUUAUUUGGAAUAUUUAUUUUUCCAAAAAUCCAGUAUUUCCAAAUGAAAUUACUAAAGUUCCUCAAAUUCUUGCUUCUGUUAUUGCUAUGAGUGGAACUUUUGCAUUUUUUAUUACCUCAAUUAUUUAUCUCUCCAUUUACUUUCAAGUCAUUCAUGGUGCUAGUGCUAUGAGUUCUGGGUUACAUAUCUUACCUGUUAUUGUUGGUGUUGUCAUUAGUUCAAUUGCCACUGGUGUUUUGAUUCAAAAAUUAAAAUUUGUUAAGCCCUAUGCAGUUAUUGCUGGUGUUUUAGCUCCAAUUGGAGCAGGUCUUUUAUGUUUAUUAGAAGUUGAUUCAUCAUUUUCCCAACAAGUUGGUUUGUUGAUUAUUGGUGGUGUUGCUACUGGUAUGCAAAUUCAACCAGCAGUAAUGUCAUCUCAAAUUAGUGCCCCAAAAACUGCUGGUAGUACUAUUAUGGUUACUACUUUCUUUAACUUUUCAAGAUCCAUUGCUUCUGCAAUUGGUGCCGAUCUCGGUGAUGCAGUUUAUUCAUCUUCCUUAAGAACCCUUUUUAGAAAGGCUAUUGCAAAUGAAACCAAUCAAGAAAUAUUACAAGAAUUAAGUGGAGUAAAUCUUGAUUCAUUAGUUUCGAAUAAUGCGAUCCUUGAACAGUUAAGUCCAGCUGCACAAUAUUUUGUUAAGACUCAAAUUAUGGAAGCUAUCAGAAAUGUCUUUUACAUGUGCAUUGGAUUUGCUUGCAUUACCACUGUUGCUUGUCUUUUUGGUACCAAUAAAAAGUUACCAGAUGCUCAAGUAAAAGCCCCUGCUCAGGAAGCAGAAACUAAAUCAAUUGAAGAUGAAGAGAAUGAGAAAGAAAAGCCUCAAGCUGACUUGGAGAGUACCCAAGAAUUAAGUGAAGGUGGUUCAUUAUCGGAUGAUAAGAAUACUAGAAAAUAG